CUUCUACCAGAGACCUCAGUGAACUCGCGUAUACGCGUAAUUGCACAGACUUUUGUGUGUAUCACCAUGCGAAAAACGAUUAGAGAUGUGAUGUCGUGUAAACAUCCUAUAUUGUAUUUUACGGUGAUGGCAACGAUUAGCUCUGUGUUAACCCCUUGCUAUGGCCAGAUUCCAGACGCAAGCAUUUCAAUGCCAAAAGCCAAAAUUCAUCCGACGAUUGUCCGAUCCGGGAGGCUUGUAGUUGGGAAUAAGUUGGUCCAACUGAGAAGGGUGGGUUUCGAAGUAACCAAUGAUGAAUCCGCCGCUUCUGACCGCAUCAAGACUCAAAACGGAUCUCUUGCAUUUGAGGCUGGUAAUCGGGCUGGACAGCCUACAUCACAAGAAUGGCACAAGUUGGAUGCUAAACUCCAGCACAUGGGGCCAUCAGUACAGUGUAGCAAUGAAACAAUGACUCUUCGGGUCAAAGGGGGAAGAGCUCCACAUUUUCUGGUCGACGGCGGUGAUGGGUCUCCUGUUCUUCCCCUGUCCCGAAUGCCAACUCACUGUGGCUUCUCUGUGAAGCGGUCACGCAGGGAUGUGUUCUUUGUCGCACCAUACCAAGGCUGCCAUGUCACUCAAGAGGGGGGUAACUAUGUUCUGCCACUCCGUCUGUGGGGGGCACCCAUGACCAUGUCUUGUCCUGUUGCACCACCCCCUCCUCCCUCUGUCUCCUGCUAUUUAUCUGGCAUGGUGGUGAAGCUUUCCAUGGCAGCGAAUGCUCUUCAAGUCAAAGUGUCUGGUGUGUGGAAGCCACUUCUCGCAAUCACCCAGCAAUGUGGCUUAACUAUUGAGCCAUUCUUUGGAGGAGUGGUGAUCACUGCACCAUACACAGGACCCUGUGUGGCGUUGGAGGAUGAUGAGCGUUUGCUUUUUAUGCUCUCGGUUGCUGGGGAGCUCACCCUCUCCUGUCCUGCAGGCCUCCCUCAAACUGAACCUGUACGCCUCCCUCAAACUGAACCUGUUACGUCUGGAUACCCUCUGUUCUACCAGUGGUCCCAGUACCAUUUCUCUCCGUAUCCCCCCCAACCACCCUCGUCCCCAACAGCAGCCACUACCAUGUCUAAACAAACACGUUCCCCUAAACCUUCUAGCCAGGCCAUGCAUAUGCCACGUAAAGGAGACCCCCAGGUCCCACAAAUGUCUGACUUCAACACAUUUUACCCGUACCGUUUUCCUCCGUAUCCUCCUCAACCCUAUUUCCCAACAUCAGCCCCCACUACCUCACCUAAACACACACAUUCCCCUCAACCUGUCCUGCAUAUGCCACCUAAAGGAGACCCCCAGGUCCCACAAACACCUGAAUUCCACCCGUUUCACCCAUACCAUUUUCCUCCAUAUCCCCCUCAACAACACUAUUUCCCAACAUCAGCCCCCACUACCUCACCUAAACACACACAAUCCCCUCAACCUGUCACCCAGGUCCUGCAUAUGCCACCUAAAGGAGACCCCCAGGUCCCACAAACACCUGAAUUCCACCCGUUUCACCCAUACCAUUUUCCUCCAUAUCCCCCUCAACACUAUUUCCCAACAUCAGCCCCCACUACCUCACCUAAACACACACAAUCCCCUCAACCUGUCACCCAGGUCCUGCAUAUGCCACCUAAAGGAGACCCCCAGGUCCCACAAACACCUGAAUUCCACCCGUUUCACCCAUACCAUUUUCCUCCAUAUCCCCCUCAACAACACUAUUUCCCAACAUCAGCCCCCACUACCUCACCUAAACACACACAAUCCCCUCAACCUGUCACCCAGGUCCUGCAUAUGCCACCUAAAGGAGACCCCCAGGUCCCACAAACCCCUGAAUUCCACCCGUUUCACCCGUACCAUUUUCCUCCGUAUCCCCCUCAGCCCUAUUUCCCAACAUCAGCCCCCACUACCUCACCUAAACACACACAAUCCCCUCAACCUGUUACCCAGGUCCUGCAUAUGCCACCUAAAGGACACCCCCAGGUCCCACAAACCCCUGAAUUCCACCCGUUUCACCCGUACCAUUUUCCUCCGUAUCCCCCUCAGCCCUAUUUCCCAACAUCAGCCCCCACUACCUCACCUAAACACACAAAUUCCCCUCAACCUGCCACCCAAGCCCUGCAUAUGCCACCUAAAGGAUACCCCCAGGUCCCACAAAUGCCUGACUUAAAAAUGUUUUACCCGUACCAUUUUACUACACAUCUCCCUCAACCUUAUUUCCCAUCAGCCUCUACAACCACACCUAAACAAACAAACCAGGCCCUGCAUAUGCCACCUAAAGGAUACCCUCAGGUCCCACUGAGUUACCAGUUCCCCCAAUACAAUUUCCCAGGGUUUUUCCCUCAACGCUCUGUCCCAAGAGCACCCCCCAUAGCCAGCCAACUGGAUAACCAGAAUAACCCCCAGAAAUAUCAUUACUCAGAUUCCUCCUACCGUCAAAAGUCAGCCACUCCUUCAGUAACUGCUAGCACUAUCCCUGGCACCACACCCCAGGCCCAAUCCAAGCAGCCCUUCAUGCAAUAUGACCAGUACCCGAUGGUUCGCAGCUGGAAUCCGUAUGCUUCUGCUCUGUUCCCACCCCAUUAUGGAACGGUGCCGUAUCAUUAUCAAGGGCCUAGGGAGUAACUUAUGGUGGAAUCUACAGUUUCCAGCCAUUACUUGUGAAGUGUAAAAUAAAUUCACUAAAUGUA